AUGGAUAAGAAGAAUAGCAACCAAGGAAUGCAAACCCAAGAGAGAGAAAGGAGAGAAAGAAGCCCCUCCCCAUUUCCUACCUCUUCUUCUUCCUCAUCUUCAUCUACUUAUUCUUGUUCCAAAGAGAAAUUAGGAGGAGGAGAAGAAGAGGCAAAGAAGGAUAAAGAUGACCAACAUGGUGAUUAUGAUGGUGAUAACAAGGAAGAGAUGGGAACUUCUUGUUCUACGUCGAGUACGAAGGAAGAAGUAAAGAAGGAUAAAGAUGAACGACAAGAUGUCGGCGAUAGCAUGCAAGAAAGAAGCCCUCCCUCCUCUUCUUAUUCUUGUUCUAUGAAGGAGGAUGCUGUCGCAGUCGCUUCGAGAGGGAAAGAGGAAGAGAAUGAGGGUGAGAAAGAAGAGGAUGCAGCAAAGAAGGAUAAAGAUGGCCAACAUGUUGUUGUUGUUGUUGUUGAUGAUGAUGAUGAAGGGUACCACACGCCAACAUCGCCGAGGCACCGAAUUCAGACGCGUCCCGAUAUCCCGCCUCCAGCACCGAAGAGGAGUAGAGUUUUGGUCCUGGAGAAGGAGGAUACUGGUCGUUCUCGACGUUGCCGUCCUAUAAAGUUAGAAUUUUAG